AUGGAUUCCAUCCACAAGAUCCCCAACGAAGCCGCCGCCUCGGAAGUUGACGGCCGCCACACUGUGAACUUCCCGGUGGCGCCGAGGGGGUUUAAGAAGAAAAUGAAGUCGGCGUUGAAAGAAACGUUGUUCCCAGACGACCCUUUCAGGCAGUUCAGAAGCGGAGGCACGACGAGAGAAAGAUUUGUGAAUGGAGUACGGUACUUCAUUCCGAUGUUCGAAUGGCUUUCCACUUACAGUCUCCGAUUGUUCUGGUCGGACCUCCUCGCCGGCUUCACCAUCACCAGCCUCGCAAUCCCUCAAGGCAUUAGCUACGCUAAACUCGCCGGCAUUCCCCCCAUCAUUGGCCUCUAUUGCAGUUUUGUGCCGCCGCUAGUGUAUGCCGUGUUCGGGAGUUCAAGACAUAUGGCGGUGGGGACGAUAGCGGCGGCGUCGCUACUUAUAAACCAAAGUAUUUCGAGCGUCGUGAAGCCGGAGGACGACCCUGUGCUGUUUCUUCAUUUGGUUUUCACGACCACCUUCGUCACCGGCGUAUUUCAGGCUGCUUUAGGUAUUCUACGGUUAGGGAUAUUGGUGGAUUUCUUUUCGCAUUCGACGAUAAUAGGGUUCAUGGGAGGGGCAGCCGUAAUGCUAUGUCUGCAACAACUUAAGGGUAUAUUUGGAAUGAAACAUUUCACUAAUCACACAAGUAUCGUCUCUGUGCUCGAGUCUAUCGUGGUCAAUAAGCAUGAGAUGAGGUGGGAGCCCACAGUCAUGGGUGUCAUCUUCGUUGCUUUCUUGAUGUUCACUAAGCAUGUGAAGAAGAAAAAUAAGGAGCUCUUUUGGGUGGCAGCUGUAGCUCCAAUAUUAACAGUGAUCGUUGGAGCUGUUUUCACCCACUUUGUCAGAGGCCAAAAUCAUGGAAUUCAAAUUGUGGGACACUUGGAUCGAGGCUUAAAUCCUUUAUCCAUUCGUUUAUUAAACUUCGAUCCUAAAUAUCUACCGGCAGUCCUAAAAGCUGGCAUUAUCACAGGCAUUUUGUCAUUGGCGGAAGGGAUAGCAAUAGGAAGAAGCUUUGCAGUGGCCGAAAAUACCCCUCAUGAUGGGAACAAGGAGAUGAUCGCAUUUGGUUUCAUGAAUCUCUUAGGCUCCUUCACUUCAUGCUAUUUGACCAGUGGGCCAUUUUCGAAAAGUGCGGUGAAUUACAACGCAGGGUGCAAGACAGCGAUGUCGAACAUAGUACAAGCAGUGUUGAUGGCGAUGACACUCAUAUUUCUGGCUCCUUUGUUUGGAUACACUCCUCUAGUGGCCUUGUCCGCCAUCAUCAUGUCUGCUAUGUUGGGACUCAUUGACUAUCAAGAGGCCAUCCAUCUCUUCAAGGUCGACAAGUUUGACUUUCUCAUUUGCAUCUCUUGCUUCUUAGGAGUCAUCUUCAUCAGCUUGGACAUCGGUCUCUUCUUAUCUAUUGGACUUGGUGUGGUGAGGGCAUUGCUGUACGUGGCCAGACCAAACUCAUGCAGGCUUGAAAAGAUACCAGACUCGACUUUGUACAGAGACGUUGAGCAUUAUCCAAGUUCCACCAUAACCCCAGGUGUUCUCAUUAUUCAACUGGGUUCUCCUAUCUACUUUGCAAACUCUUCCUACAUCAAACACAGGAUCAUGAGGUAUAUCCAAUGCGAGGAGAGUUCUAGUACCGGGGAAACUGUAGAGCAUAUCAUACUCGAUUUAUCAGGAGUGACCUCCAUUGAUGUAACUGCUAUUGAGGGAUUAUUGGAGUUACAUAAAGUCCUGGAGAAAAAUGGAAAGAAGAUGUCAGUAGUGAAUCCAAGAAUAGAGGUUUUGGAGAAGCUGGUAGCUUCCAAGUUUGUUGAUAAGAUUGGAAAGGAGUCCUUCUUUUUGAGCGUGGAUGAUGCUGUAGCGGCAAGUCGAUUUCACCUUCUUCGUGCAUUGAUGACAGAUAAUGCUUGAGAAAUUAUCAGAUCAGUUAAAUCAACUAUAGCAAGCUUGUUUAUACAUAACACAAAUUAAAGUGUUACUGCAAUUAAGCUUGGGAUCA